UCCAUGGAGUGGAAUGUAUACAUUUAUUUGCUACGCGUAGAUUCAAAAGUAUCAACGAUUUCAUGAUAUUUGAGACAUCCUCGAUGUACUCGUAAAAUUUACAUUCACCCUUUUUCAUAUUUUAAUUUCAUGUAAAACACAGACAAAAUAAAAUAUAAUAGAGAGAGAGUCGUAACGUAUUUUUACGUCUAUAUAUCAGUGCUGUUCUCUGUGUUCGAUCCGCUAAUUAUUUCUACCGAGUCGGAUGAUGUUGGAGUUCGACGACGUUGGGAAAGAACCGCGUGGUUGAUGUAAUUUUUUAAAGUGUGUCAAACGUUACAGUUGAUCAGAAUCGACUGGAGCUUUCAUUUUAUCUGGUAGCUGGCUAUCAAAAACGAGUAAAGAGAAGAAACUAAAGUAUAUAGAAUGGUUGAUAUAAAAAGCGAAGAAAUCAACGGGGAAGUAGAAGCUCCGCCAAAGAGUGCGAAACAGCUGCAGAAGGAAGCGAAGAAGCAGGCGAAAUUGGAUAAAUUUAAACAGAAACAAGAGAAGAAAGAGAGUGACAAGCCUUCGAAGGUGAAGGAAAAGAACGAGAAAAUCGAAAAGAAGAAGGAAAGCAAGGAGUCCGCUGUGUACACUGUCGAUACACCUACAGGUGAAAAGAAAGAUGUUACAUGUCCGAUGCCCGACGCAUACAGUCCGAAAUAUGUUGAGGCUGCAUGGUAUUCCUGGUGGGAGAAGCAAGGCUUCUUUAAACCUGAAUAUGGUAGAAAAUCGAUAUCCGAGUCGAACCCCAAAGGUAAAUUUGUUAUGGUGAUACCUCCACCCAAUGUAACUGGCUUCCUUCAUCUUGGACAUGCUCUGACCAAUGCUGUGGAAGAUACAAUUACAAGAUGGAAUCGUAUGAAAGGACGUACAACAUUAUGGAAUCCUGGCUGUGAUCACGCAGGCAUUGCCACUCAAGUGGUGGUCGAAAAGAAGCUGUGGAAGGAGGAACAGAAAACGCGGCACGAUAUUGGAAGGGAGAAAUUCAUAGAGAAAGUUUGGAAGUGGAAAGAAGAAAAAGGGAACAGAAUUUAUCUGCAAUUAAAAAGAUUGGGUGGUUCGUUCGAUUGGGACCGAGCUUGUUUCACGAUGGACCCGAAGUUGUGUCGCGCGGUGACGGAAGCUUUCAUAAGAUUGCACGACGACGGUGUGAUCUAUAGGAGUAACCGUUUGGUCAACUGGUCAUGCACGCUGAAGAGUGCCAUCUCCGAUAUUGAAGUAGAUAAACUGGAGUUAACCGGUCGAACGCUACUCUCGAUCCCUGGCUAUCAAGAGAAAAUCGAGUUCGGCGUUUUAGUAUUAUUCUCAUACGAAGUAAUAGACUCUGAAGAGAAAAUAAUAGUGGCUACUACUCGCAUCGAGACGAUGCUCGGAGAUACAGCUAUCGCUGUCCAUCCAAAAGACACCCGAUACGCUCAUCUAAUUGGAAAAUAUGUCCAGCAUCCAUUCUGUAGUAGGAAGCUACCAAUUCUAGCAGACGAGUUUGUCGAAAUGGAAUUUGGAACAGGUGCUGUGAAGAUCACGCCGGCUCAUGAUCCUAACGACUACGAAGUGGGAAAGAGACAUAAUCUUCCAUUCAUCACUAUCUUCGAUGAUAAUGGGAACAUUAUCGGAGAUUACGGGCAGUUCACGGGAAUGAAAAGAUUCCAUGCUAGAACGGCAAUAAUAAAGGAGUUAACGGCAAGAAACUUGUUCAUCGAAAUUAAGGAUAAUCCCAUGGUGGUGCCGAUGUGUAGUAGAUCCAAAGACGUCGUUGAACCGCUAAUGAAACCUCAAUGGUACGUAAGAUGUAACGAGAUGGCCGCGAAAGCGAUGGACGCAGUGAAAACCGACGAGCUAAAAAUUAUCCCGAGUCAGUAUAAGAAGAUUUGGUACCAUUGGAUGGAAAACAUAAGAGACUGGUGUAUAUCUCGGCAGUUGUGGUGGGGUCACCGUAUUCCUGCGUACUGCGUUAAAACAGUGAACGCGAUCGACAAACUUAAGCCAGAUGAUGAAUAUUGGGUGAGUGCACAUUCGGAGAACGAAGCCAAGGAAAAGGCUGCCAAACAAUUGGAAACGACCAUUGACAAUAUCAUCGUUCAACAAGAUCCUGACGUACUGGAUACGUGGUUCUCCUCUGGAUUGUUCCCAUUCUCGAUAUUCGGAUGGCCCGAUAAGACGGAAGAGCUGGAAGCGUUUUAUCCUGGCACGUUGUUAGAAACCGGACACGACAUUUUAUUCUUCUGGGUGGCAAGGAUGGUGUUCCUGGGUCAAAAAUUAUUGGGAAAGCUGCCCUUUAGGCAAGUGUACCUGCACGCAAUGGUGCGAGAUGCUCACGGGAGAAAAAUGAGCAAAUCAUUGGGGAACGUGAUAGAUCCUAUGGACGUGAUCAAUGGAAUAUCGUUGGAGGAACUCCAUAAACAAUUAACGGAUUCGAAUUUGGAUCCGAAAGAACUAAAACGCGCGAUCGAGGGGCAGAAACGCGACUACCCGCAAGGAAUUCCCGAGUGUGGAACCGAUGCUUUAAGGUUUGCACUUUGCGCUUACACAAUGCAGGGCCGCGAUAUUAAUCUCGACAUUCUCCGUGUACAAGGAUAUCGGUUUUUCUGCAACAAAAUAUGGAACGCUGCCAAAUUCUCUCUUGCAUAUCUAGAUUCUAAUUUCGAUUACGACGAAGAGGUUCCAUCGGGAAACAACAGUUUCGAGAACGAUAGCGAGAUGGGCGACGCCAAUUGGUAUCAGAAUACAUUGAAAGAAACUUGCGUUCAAGAAGCGUUGAACAGUUACUUGGCGGAAUAUUCGUAUCUCGACGAAUACGGUCCUUCGCAAAUCGAUUCAAAGGUCUAUCGGACCUUCACCAUAUUGAAUACCGAUUUGACCAAGUACGUUCAUUUGUAUCGCUGGUACAAACACAUCGCGUCUUUCAGCGAACAAGAACAAUCGGCGUUUCGCAUGGAGAAAGGUAGAAUACUGCCUCUGUGCAAGGAACACGAUCAUAUUAACACCGAAGUACAGUUGAACAGCGAGACAGAUAUGGACCGGUGGAUGCUGUCUCGCGUAAGUUACGCAGUGAAGACGUGUGACGAAGCGAUGACCCAGUACGAUUUUCCGUCAGCCACUACUGCUUGUUACAAUCUCUGGUUAUACGAUUUGUGCGACGUUUACUUGGAGUAUCUGAAGCCAGUAUUUCAAAGUAACGACGACGAGAGGAAGCGCGCAGCGAGAAGAACCUUGUUCAAGACGCUGGACGUGGGAUUGAAAUUGCUGAGUCCGUUCAUGCCGUUCAUAACGGAAGAACUGUAUCAGCGUCUGCCUCGCAAGAAACAGAUUUAUCCCAGUAUUUGUAUCAGCCCGUACCCAGAAGUCGCAGAUUGUCCCUGGCGGAACGAAGAAAUCGAGAGAGACGUCGAGUUCGCCAAUAAGGUGAUAAAGAAUAUUCGGUCAGCACGAGCGACGUACAAUUUACCGAACAAAGUAAAGACCGAAGCGUUCUUGGUGUGCGACGACAGCAACCUGAAGGAGAAACUGAUGAAGUAUCGAUUGUUAAUAGAAACUCUUGCUUAUUCCAUGUUAAAAACGAGCGAGCCGUCAGCGGGUUGCGCUAUCGUUACUGUCACGGACAAAGUUCAAGCGCAUCUAGUAUUAAAGGGUUUGAUCGAUCCAAAGAGAGAGCUGGAGAAGCUUAGCAAGAAGGAGGAGCAAUUGAUAGACAUAAUACGUAAAACUAAACAGGCUAUGGAAGUUCCUGAUUACGAUACCAAGGUACCUCUAGACGUACAAAACAGUAACAAAGAGAAGCUGGCGAACAGCGAGGGGGAAUUACAACGAAUCGUCGAGGCAUUGUCAGCGUUACGAACAAUGUAACGCUUAACUUAAAAUUUUAUCGUCUAAAAAAUCCUACUUAGAAAGUAGAUAAUUUUUCUGAAAAAGUGCAUUGGGGGAAACGUGGAUGAUCGUAGUAUAUUGCGCGUAUAAAAAAUUGCAUUUCUCGUAUCCUCGUUUAUUAGUAAGCGUUACCAAUAAAUGCAACAACUGCUCGAUUUAA